GGCUGAGCUCCAGAGAGCAACUAGGCAGUAGCCAAGUCAGAGAGGAGAAUUACUAUUAGCAGGAUGAAGACACUGAGAUUUAUCGGCACUGAAGCCUUUAUAUCAAACCAGGAAUAUGCCAAGAAAAACAUCAGCCAUGUGGCCCAUAAUCUUUACCCACUCUUACUCAAGGCAUGUUACCUGCAUGAGAAGGAAGACUUAAUUGUCAUAUUACUGGAAAACUGGCCAUUGCCAGAUUUUAACUUUGGACAACUACUGGGCAAAUCACUGGACUGUCCAGAGGAUAUCAGCCACUGGGCGUGCCAACGUAGUUUGACAGCUUGUCUAAAGGGAUUGAAAAACUAUGUAUUAAAUUGCUCCACAACUUACUCCAAAAGACUUACAGUUGUGGAUUUGACAGCUAUACAAGAUAUUGAAUUUCAACCUUGUAAAUGUAAGAAGACAUUGGGAAGAUGGGCACGAACGGAAAUGAUUGCCCAGCUCUGCUUCGAUCUUCUCACCGACAUGCAAGCUCUUGACUUCCUACCCUCUGUAUUUGAUGUUCAUAUUGAUGUCCUCUUGAACCUGUUUGUUACUGAGAAGAACUAUGAGCUUGUGGUACAAGCUUUGCUGAUGAGAUGUCACUGCCCAUUAAAGAUAAGAUGCAUUGAUUUUAGAGCAGACAGUUUGGCGUUAAGAAAGCUCUUUUACAUAUUAAGACUUGCUGAGCCCACAUCUAUACACAAACUAGAGAUAGUUCACAAUGUUCGCUUAGAACUUCCUCAUGUUGAAGUACUUCUAAACAACCUCACUUUCCCACAACUGAGGUCACUUACCUUGCCAGCAAAGACUUUCAAUGUGACGUAUUACACAGCAGAAGAUGACGCUGUCUUAUCUGUCAUUGGAGAGAAACUAAGCAACAUGGAGUAUCUGACAGAACUGAGUCUCUCGUUUUCUACUCUCACAGGAAGGCUCAGGAAGCUGCUGAGCCCGCUGAAGACACCCUUGAAAGUUCUGGAACUAUCGAACUGCGAUCUGAGUAAUGUAGACAUGGCUUACUUGGCAAACAGCCUCCACGCAGAUCAUCUGGAACUUCUAGAUCUCAGUGGCCACAAAGUGGCAGAACUCUUCCCAUCAACUUUUUUGAAGCUCCUCUACAAGGCUUCAUAUUCUCUAAAUACUCUGGUUUUGGAGGAGUGUGACAUUGGAGACAUGAAUAUCCAUUUCAUGGAGAUGGGUUUGAUACACUGUGUUAAACUAGAAAAUUAUAAAUUCACUGGAAAUCCUUUAACAUCUAUAGCUCUAAGACGUAUAUUCAGAGUUCUGGCCAAACUUCCUAGCUUGAAGUACAUUGAAUUUCCAGUACCUCAGGACUGCUACCCUCCUGAUGUCAGCUACCCCCUCGAUGAAAUUACCCUCACAAAGUUUGAUCAUCACAAAUAUGACAAUGUCAAAGAAUCCCUGUGCAGAAUCUUGCGUCAAGCUGCGCGAGAAGAUAUAUCAGCAGUCACGCCUCUGUUUGGCACCUAUGACUCUGCUAUAGAAGAGACCAGUAGUGAACUUGGAGUAUGUUUACUUACUUCAUUUAAAGAUGCCUUACAGAGUUUCACAUCAUCACUGCAAAAACUGUAGCAACUUACCACUAGACUCAUAUACAAACAAACUGAACUGGAUAUUCUUGACUAGAAUAUAUAUAUAUAUUUUUUUUUAAAUGACAAUCCCCUCACAAUGGGGUAAAUAUACUAAGAUUGGAGUUCUAUUUAAGAUGGGAUGUUGCCCAUAGCAACCAAUCAGAUUCCAGAUUUUAUCUUCUAGAAGGUGCUAGAUAAAUGAGAAGUAGAAUCUGAUUGGUUGCCAUCUUAGUAAAUUUACCCCAUAGUGUAAAAUAACAGAGCUGAAUCUGGCUACACAUAUAAUCAGCCCUAAAAGAAUGUAAUACUACUGACCUGCUUUUUUGACGGUACCUCAUUCCUCUAUAUAAUUAGUGCAUCCUCCAUAUUAAAAGAGUGUACAGUUUGCAACAGCUGAAUGAUAGUUAUGUACAACUAACACAACUAUGCGUUUAAUCCAUUAAUAAAGGAAGGCACAAAGAAUUAGACUAAAA